AUGUCGCUCCAAGCAGUUUUGCUGCGUGUGGCCAUUUUCACACUUCUAGCAAGCUGCAAUGCUUUUCAAUUCAUCACCAAAAACACAUUGCCAUCAAACGACCUCUCCGCUAAUUGUAUCGCCAGUUUGACAAAAGAUAUCCCGAACUGUCCACGCCAGAUCAGCACGUUCGCAAAAGGGUCAUAUUUUGAAGCUGAUGCUCUUGAAGAAGCAUGUACAGCCGACUGCGCAGCCUCGAUAUCUGCGUAUAGCUCAGCAGCCAAUAACGCGUGCGGUCCUACGGAUGUUUACAAUAUCACUGACACACGCACUGCACCAAUCUCGUUCGUUCCAGAAUUACUCUACUACUACUUCAACCGGACUUGCCUACAAGAUGGAAAUCGUUGGUGUAAUCGAGUCGCAUACGAGAUGUCCAAUGGUACUACCCCAUCUUUACGAAUGUUUAGUGUCAACGAGACUGCCAGUUUGAAUGGAUCUGCUGAAGCCAUUCCCUCUCCAAUCAUUAGAAGACAACAACAAAUGGAGAUCGACAUGUGCGAUAAUUGUGUGAUCAAGGCAUACCAGUUCCAGGCCGGAUCACCCAUCAACGGCGGAUACGCACUUCAGGCGAACUACAGCACUUUGACGGCGAGUUGCUCGAAAACUGGAUUUCCUUUAGCGACCUCGACAGCCCCUUUUGAAGGGCCAACCCCCACCCCCGCUGCCCCGCAAAAAUGUACCGGCAAGACUUACACAAUUAAGUCUGGUGACACGUGCCGAUCAAUCUCCAAAGCCGAGAACAUCGCUACGUCUUGGCUUCUUGCAGACAAUGGUCUGAAGGCAUAUUGUGCAGAGUUCCCUACCACGGGUGACCUCUGCAUUCAGAACACCUGCAGCACCUACACAGUCCAACAGGGUGACGUUUGUCUCGACAUAGCAAAGGCGAACAGGAUAAGCCAGGUGCAAUUAUAUACAUGGAACCCCGUCCUUGGAUAUCUGUGCAACAGGAUCGAAAAGUCCGUCGGCGACACCAUUUGUGUGACUCCGCCGGGUGACCAAGACUUCGAGCCCAACCCAACAACAACCUUAGUUCCCACGCCUAUCCCCACUGCAACACCGACGGCAGUCCCAGUCCCCGGCGACCUCGCCAACGGCACAAACACUCAUUGCGCCAAGUUCUACCAAGUCCAGCCAGAAGAAUACUGCAACCUCCUCGUCAUCAAAUUCAGCAUCAGCCUCGACGACUUCCGCUUCCUCAACCAAGGCAUCAACGUCAAUUGCACGAACCUAUUUGCGUUUGAGAGCUAUUGUGUCGAGCCUGUGGGCCCUGUCAAUGAGUAUCCGGGUCAUCCAGACUACAUGCCUCCUGCAACGUCGGUGGCGGAGAUACCGUACAAUAGCCUCCCCAAGGCAACGUUUACCGCGCCCCCAAUACUCGGGUUGCCAACCCCAUCGCCAUUGGCGAAGGGGACAAGGAAAGAUUGCUUUUUGUUCAUGAACGGUGCGAAUUUGACUGUUGACGAGACGCUACUGCAAACAUAUCCGUCGUCUUGUGCGGCGCUGGCUAAAGGGUGGGGGAUUUCGUUGGAGCAGUUGGAGAAUUGGAACCCAUCUCUCAUGACCAACUCAACAGACUGCGCGCCAUCAAAAGAGCUUCGAUACUGCAUGGCCGCUUACAACGGCGGAUCGCCUGUGGAUGUCACAUUACCUGAAGAAGGGGAAGACUUCUAUCCGAUCAGAGCUGGUGUCAUUGAGGGAUGUGUCGAAUACGAAGCUGUCGUCCCGCCAAUGACGUGCCAAUCGUUCCUCGAUCGAAAUCAGAUCACCAUCGCGCAGUUUUAUAAAAUGAAUCCCGCAGUUGGCCCCGAUUGCACAGGUCUAUGGCUCAAAUACCGCUACUGCAUCAGCACCGACGCCCUCCCCAGCGACGUAAUCUCCAGCACCUUCACACCCACACCCACACCCACAUCCGCACCACCCACGUCCACCGCGCCUGCAAUACCCGGUCCCACGCACCCUGGUACAGUUGCCGGUUGCAAUAAAUGGCAUGUUGUCGGUUCGGGUGAUUCGUGCUGGACUAUUUCCCAGCUUUACGGUAUUGGGCUUGAUACGUUUUAUAAAUGGAACCCUGCCAUCCAGAACGAUUGCGCGACGAAUUUCUGGCCGGACUAUGCGUACUGUGUUGGAAUCUCAGGUUAA